AUGACUCCUAGUAGUAUGCAUUCACCAAUGAAGGAGAGGCACUAUCAGAAUUAUGAUAAGGAUAAUGAUGGAACGGUUCAAGAGUAUACACCAUCAGAUCCAAGGUUUGAUAGAUCCAAAUUAAGUGAUUGUCAAUUCAUUGAACAACUUUUGUUUGAGAAUAGAGAACUUAAAGCAUUAUUAGAAAGACAGAAUAAAACAUUAGAAAGAUUGAAUAUUGAAUUAGGUCAUACUAAUAACAAUCAUAAUAACAAUAAUAAACGUCAUCAUAUAAAUGGUAAGGUAACCCAGACAGAAUUAUUACCUCCUAAUUCUCCUCCUGAAAAGAUUAUAACGUCUCAAAAGUCUACCAAAUCAAUCCAUUCUUCUGAUGACACACCUCAGUCACCUACUAGAAGAGCAGCACCACACACACAAAGAAGCAAACAAAAGGAGCAACAAGUGUUAGAAUCCCAGGAUUCAAUAUCAAGUAAGGAUUCUAUUACUAAUGGUAUACCAAUGAGAUCAUCUAGACGAGGUAAAGGUUCUUCCGAUAUCCUUUCAUCGAAAGAUAUAACUGUCGAUAGUAUUCCAAAUUCCUUGAAUAAUUUAUCUAUUGCCGAUGAAAAUGAUACAGGCUCACUAUUGUCAAGUUAUGAACAUGACGAUGUGGCGGCAUUAUCAAAAGAUAGCUUUAUAGCCCCACCACACUCUCUGGCCAAUCCUUCUCCAGUUCCAGUAAGAGCAACCGAAAGCAUAGAAUCUCAUGAAGACACUACUAUAAAAUCACAUUACGGAAUUCUGGAUUCAACAGGAACAAGCGCGACUUCAGCAAUAUCUAGAGUCUAUUCAGAAGAGAAGGGAAUAAGUCGAAGUUCUAGUAGUGUAGGGUCUACCUAUAAAUCAUCGAGAAUUAAAUUACCACCAAAUUCAGCCCAUCAAGCCAAAUCUAAUACAACAGUCGAUUCAAUUGCAGAUAUGGCUCCAGUAGCCUUAAAGUCACCUGUGAUGUAUCAACAAUCACCAUCAUCUACUACAGGUUCCCGAUAUGAAUCUCCAACAAGCCAAACAGCUCCAUCCUUUGCCAGUCGGAAUGACGCACUUGCCAGUCCUGAUAAGUUUGGAAAUAAAUUCACUAUGAAACUAAAUGAUAUCCCCAAUCCAUUGAUUAAAGAAGAAGGAACUAAGUCACAAAUUUCAUCACCAUUACCAGGUUCAUUUAUUCAUUGUAAUGAUUCGCCUGUACAACAAUUGGCUCCUCCCUACGAACCAGGUUCAUUAAGACCAUCAUUCAAGUCCCCACCAAUGCCAUCUAGUGCUGUCUAUGGUGAUCACCCACUGACUCCUGGAUCUAGUUUCAAUGUUAUCCACUCUAGUACUAUGGAGAUGGAUGAAUCCUCCUUAUUUAUAAAACCAGAUGAGUUCCAAACAAUUUAUGUUUUUGUGAUAAGUACAAUCAAUGUUAAUUCUGAACAUCAAACAACCAAGAAAUCAGACGAUCCAAAUAUCACAAUGACUAUAAAUGAUCGUGCAACGGAUAAGGAAAUGUGGAGAAUUAGAAAAACUUAUUCGCAAUUGUGUACUUUUGAUACUGAAAUUCGUCCAAUUAUUGAAUAUUUUGGAUUGCCACCAUUACCUGAUAAAACAUUAUUUGUUUCCACAACACCAUCCAAGAUUGAAUCAAGAAGAUCAGCCUUACAGAAUUAUUUCGGUACCAUAUUCCGAAUGCCUCAUUUACCUCGGAUGGUCGUUUAUAAAAUAUGUUCUUUCUUAUCAUUAGAUUUCGUGAAUCCAUUAGAUGAUUUCAAGAGUGGAGCAAGAAAGGAAGGAUUCUUAAUUAGACGAUAUAAAGGUCUUGGAAGUACCUGGAAGAUUAGAUGGUGUCAAGUAGAUGGACCAUAUCUUGAAAUAUAUGAAAACCCGGGUGGACCAUUAAUUGAGCUGAUUCCGUUAACUGGAGCCCAAAUUGGACGACAAUCUUCUGAAUCAAUAGUUGCCGAAGAUAAAGGAUACAGACAUGCGUUUUUGGUUAUGGAGGGUCAUAAAUCACUGAAAUUACAAUCGUCAUUACCAAAACAUUUCUUCUGUGCCGAGACUGAUCUUGAACGUGACGAAUGGGUGAAUGUUUUAGUUGAAUUUAGUGAUAAUGAUCAGAAUUCUCCAAGACAAGGAGGAGCAUAUGAAUUUGCCGAAACACCCAGCAGUACACGAUAUGAGAGUUUUAAUAAUGAUGAUAUAAUGGAUUCAAAGAAAUAUCUCCAUACUCCAGCAUCGUAUGCAAAUACAUCAAAUGAUCAAAUGUCAACAUAUACCUCGGCGUCGAAUGAAGAAAUACCUACCAAAGAACAAAAGAAAGCCAGAAAGAAGAGUUUUUUCCCCUGGGGUAGAAGCAACGCUGGCGCCAUUCCUCUCGAGCUUGAUGAAACUGAUAUGACUGCCGCUUCCCUGCAGUCAACAACAACACAGAUCGUGCCUAAUGAAACCUCGAUGCAACACUACUUGAAUCAAUUGAACCUAGAUGAAGACGUUGCCAAGACAGUAUUUGGAAGAAAUGUAGAAGUGGCCUACGAAUUAUCAAAUCAUGAAUAUAUGGGCAGACGAAUCCCGAGCGUUUGUUUCAGAUGUAUUGAUUACCUCAACAAAACUGGGGCUGUAUUUGAAGAAGGGAUAUUUAGAUUGAGUGGUUCUGCAUCUACAAUCCGACAAUUGAAAGAACAAUUCAAUACUCAUUAUGAUAUUGAUUUAUUUGAUUGUUCAUUGAAGCCGGAUAUACAUACAGUAGCGGGAUUGUUUAAGACGUAUUUACGUGAAUUACCAUGUCCGAUAAUGGGACUUGAGACAUAUAAUCAUUUGAAUUCACUUAUUUAUAAUAAUAAAUCAUCAUCGCCAUCUGAGAUUGCGAUUUUGUUUAGGGAUUAUUUUAAUGAUUCUGUAAAUGUUGAUCAAAUCCAUUAUGAUAUUUGUUAUGUUAUUUUUAAGUUUUUGAGACUGGUGAUUUCCCAAAAUCAAUCCAAUAGAAUGAAUUUGAGAAAUGUAUGUAUUGUAUUCGUACCAACCUUGAAUGUUACUUUGGAAGUGUUGAGUACAUUUUUGGUUGAUUUUGAAUGUAUUUUCGAAAAGGGGAGACCAAUCCUGGAUGAUAGAAGAGAGAUUUUGGAUCUUCAUAUUCCUAAUUUUUGA